UACACCGUACAUCCGCACCGAGCAGCAGCCAUCAAUCGCGUUCAGUUCUAACCGAACGCUCGUCCGAUUCACUGGUCCCGUGUGCACGCCAAACCCGUUCCUCUGGCUAACAUCGCGCCGCGUGCGAACCGCGAAAAGGGCAACCCUUUGCCAUUGACUCCAGUUUGGCGGGCAGCGUCCGGUUUCGCAUCAUUUCGCUGCUAGAACAGUCUCCCCGGGGAUGGAGUUUUCUAGUAAGCGGAUGUGGAUGUCGAGUUUUUGAGUGAUAGUGUGCCCCGAGGCCAACGAGAUCACUCCCUGUACAAGUGUGUGUGUCUGUGAACGUGCGUCCAUCCGAAACCGACCAGAACGGUCUUACCCACCAGCGCUUUACCCGUGCGGAUGUGAAGCUGCGUGUGACAACGGUUUGCUCAUAAGUCAAACAGAACCACAAUAGCACACACAACAACAGCUAAAAAGGUGCGAAUCUUUCAGACCUAUCCCACUUGCACCCGUGGGGCACCCUAGGGGCAGUUUGGGAGGCUGAAGGUGUGGCGAUGCUUGGGCAGGUGAUUUAGUGUGCCGACGAAGGGCAGACGGUGCGGCAAGCUCUCGGUCCGAUGAUGGGUGUAGAUCAAUAAACAAACAAGACGCCAGCCGUUUCGGAUCAUCCGUCAGAGCGCGUGUUGAAUCGCACUAAUGACUACAUCGAUGUGCUCGGUAAAUUGCUUUUAUUCGUGUGUAUGUGGUUGUGUGUAUGUGCGAUUGUGAAUGGGUUUCUAUUACCCGGUUGUGUGUCUCGUUUACUUGGCUUUCUAGCUUUUUCAUGAUCACCGGGAACGAUCGUACCAAACGCACCCGUGGCAGUAAAAUAUUCUGGGUGCGAAAAUGCAUCAGCUACACUAUCGCUAGAAUAGUGUGCUUUGUAACUGGGGCAACUGAAACGAAUCUAAAUUCCAAUCUUAGAACCAUUAAGCGACUGCUUUGCCUUGCACAGCGUAAAGUUGGCAAAGUAACCGAAAACUUCCAAUACAAUCCAAUACAAUCAUUCCGCCGGAGUUGGUGCUUGUUUUUAGUGGGAGAAAGUGCUCAGCCUCUUACCCGAGCCUUACCCAGGCAAAGUUGAUAAAAUAUGGCCGAGGCAAAAGUUUCCAGAGCUUUCGAGCGAAUCCUUACGUCUGCCAGCUUUAAGUGAACGUUCUACCACUUACCGCUGUCGUGUAGCGAGCUGGUGGCAAUCAGAUUUUUUAGCCCACCCUUCCGUUUUCGGAGCAGUCGAUCGUGCUACUGCUGCUGCUGCUGCUGCCACUGAUGAUGAUGACGAUGACGUGUUCCCACAAAUACUAUCACCUGCGCCGUCUUCUUCACACACUUUGCAAAGAAUGAGUCGCGUGCAAUCGUUAGAUGAUCGAGAUAGUAAGCGACGGUCGAGCACGAAACCUGCCGCACUAACACCGCUGCACCUAGCAACGGUCUCCGCCCUGCCGGCCACGAUAACGGACGCAACCGGUCGGUUUGUGACGACACUCAACCACACGCGCGCAGCCGUCCCCACGACCGCCGCCAACUUCUUCAACCUGAUCGACCCGCUCGAUCUCACGACGAGCUCCCGAAGCGUCCCCAGCCUAGCGGCCAGUGCUGCCAGCAUUGGCAGUGCCGCAUCCCAUGUGGUCGGCGGCCGAAGCCGUACGCUAGCGGCGCUGUCGGCUAACGUCAGUGAGCUGGUGGAGGCCGGUAGCGGACGUGCGUACGAUCCAGCACUGUACGACGAUGGUCGAUCGCUGUACGAUCCGCUGGUGGCUGCGACGAUCACCACAGUCAGCAUCGGCAACACCACGGUCCAACCGGCAACCGUGUUCGGCCCGCGGCCAGGCGUCACCGACGGAAGUGUGCUCAUCGGUAGUGGCACCAGCGCAGCCACCACACUCGUGGUGGAUCUGGUCGGCACCGUCGAUCCGACUGCCCGCCAGCUUGAGCUGCCGAGCGCGAUGGAUGAACACUUCCUUAUCGCCAACUGGCAGGACUGUGUCGUUGUAAUACUGUUCUGCCUGCUAAUCGUAGUGACUGUGAUCGGUAACACGCUCGUCAUACUGUCCGUGAUCACGACACGCCGUCUACGCACCGUUACCAACUGCUUCGUCAUGAGCCUGGCCGUGGCCGAUUGGCUCGUCGGCAUUUUCGUCAUGCCGCCGGCCGUCGCCGUUCAUCUGAUGGGCUCCUGGCAGCUCGGAUGGAUUCUGUGUGAUAUAUGGAUCUCAUUAGACGUACUUCUAUGUACAGCAUCAAUUCUUAGCCUUUGUGCCAUUAGUAUAGAUAGAUAUCUAGCCGUAACGCAACCAUUAAAUUAUUCCCGUCGCCGGCGCUCGAAACGGCUGGCGCUGCUGAUGAUCCUGGUCGUAUGGGUGCUGGCACUGGCCAUCACAUGUCCUCCGAUUCUCGGAUGGUACGAACCGGGCCGUCGGGAGCUGGACCAGUGCCGCUACAACCAAAACGAAGGCUACGUUGUCUUCUCGGCCAUGGGCUCGUUCUUCAUCCCGAUGACGGUGAUGGUGUACGUGUACGUACGGAUAUCAUGCGUUGUCGCCUCCCGGCACGAUAAGAUGACGGAAAUCGAAGUCCACAAGAAAAGUCACCGAGUGCGGGAACCGGAGGAGGAUGGCUACCAGUCCGAGCAGGACCCGAUCCCGCUGAGCCCCAAGCGAAAGCGUUCCUCGUCGCAGCUUUCCACCGCCACCACGACGUACGUCGCCCAGCUGGGCCCGAUGCUCGACGAGGGCGUGGGGGCUGGCCAGCCACCGAAACCGGCCGGCAAACGAAACAACCACAAGCACGGGCACUACGAGCUGAUGGACCUGAACACGACCGGUGGCAGUACGCAGAGCCAAACCACAAUCCUUGCUGCAGCGGGCAACGGUACGGGAGGGCCGACCGGCGAUACUUCAACCGCUUCUGCUGCUGCUGAAGGGCAUCAUCAUCAUCAGGAGCAGCUGCGACAGCGGACGUACGAUGAUGGAACGAGCCUUGACGCGAUUGUCGAUGAUCCGGCCAUCGUGCUGGCGGGCCCUGGCAGUGGCAGUACCGAGAGCAACACUAGCACCGCCGCUUCGGCUGCCGCGCCCGUCUCUGCCUCGGUCAAUUACAACAAACUUCCAUCGACAGCCGAGCUCUGGUCGUCCGGCAAUAGCGUUUUCAAUCAGCAAAGCCACAAACCACAAUCCCAUUCGAUGGCGAGCUUUGCCGGGGCGGCCGGUGCCGGCUCACCGCCGAACCAUUCGCAGCACUUCCACCAUCACCAUCACCACCACCAUCAUCACCAUCACCACCAUCACGAGGGUCGCCCGACGGCGGCCCUGGCAGCGGCGACGGGCGGGCUGCGGCGCAACAACACGGUCAACACUUCUAUCACGACGUCGACCUGCAGCUCGGUGCAGCUGGUCGGCGGGCGAACCGGCGGCAACAACAUCCGCAUCCACCAGAAGUCCCUCUCCUCCCGCAUCUCGUCGAUGAAGCGCGAGAACAAGACGACCCGCACGCUCAGCAUCGUGGUCGGUGGCUUCAUUGCCUGCUGGCUGCCGUUCUUCAUCCACUACAUCAUCACGCCCUUCCUCCCGAAGGACUGGACCGUGCCGAAGCUGAGCGAGUUCUUUACCUGGCUCGGCUGGAUUAACAGUGCCAUCAAUCCGUUCAUCUACGCCUUCUACAGCGUUGACUUUCGGGCCGCCUUCUGGCGAUUGACGCUGCGGCGGUUCUUCCGCAACAGCGAGAAGGCCCCGUUCGCCAACAUUCACAACCUUUCGAUGCGCGCGCGAUGAGAGGCAGGAUGCUGUUUCCUCUCCCCUUUGCUACCGGGACACUCUUUUCCUCAGUGCGUAUGUGCCUGUGUGCGUGCGUGUGUGUGAGUAUGAUUGAUUGUGAGCGAUAAGGGGACGCGGGGUGCACCAUUCCCUUGGGCGUCAUCCAGCGGGUUGCAAAUUCGAACUACAAUGGGCGACGGAAUUCGCAACGGCUGGACGGAAAAAUGACCGAUUGGCGUGAUCACGAUAUCCGGUUUGGUCAAAUGGGCAAUGACCAAACGGGGACGUGAGUGAGUGAACGAUAACAUAAAAAAGAGAGUUAUAGAGCAAAUGAGAGAGUGAAAGAGAGAGCGAGAGUGAUCCUGCAGGCAGGCUUUCUAUUUGUUAUUAUUUUUUGUUGUUCUAUUAUUCCUAUACGAGAUUAGUCGUUGUUAUCUUUGGUCACAAUGUCGAAGAGGUCAAACAAUUGUGAGUAGGAUAAGUAGUUCAAUUGAAGUCGUUAUUAGGUACAUUACAGCUGCUUUUAAAUGAUCAUAUUUAAGGCAAUCGAAUCAUUGUUUGAUGAGCUUUUGUUGGCUUGAUAUUGGGCAUUCGAAUGGAAACCAUUAAAACUUAUUAUCAAGGCCUUUAAUCAACCUUCUUCUUCUCUUUUCAUAACCAAUCGAUGGAAAAAUGGGUAGCAAAAAGCUACUUUGGAAAAAUGAGCAUCGAUCUAAAUACUACUUAUGUUCUAAGGAGAAGGAUUCAGCCAGCAUGCUACAAAAAAUCUUUUCAUUUCAUGUAAUUGUUUUAUUUAGGUACUCAUGUUUUACAAUUUUUUGGUAAAAACAUUGACCCAUUCUCGCCAACUCUAAAAUCUUAGAAAUCUGAUAACUAAUUGGCUUGUUUUUUUUUUCUACGUAUUGUUGGUGUUUUUAUCUGAUUUUUGCGAUUGGGCGAUUUGUGAUCACAGGCUGGUCACAGACAACAAUGCAGACAAAAAUGUUGUAGUUAUUAAACAAAUGAACGGUACAUUUCCAAAAAGACCUUAUUGUUGCGAUUGGAAACCGCUUCAACGAAAGCAAAUGAAAAGAAGCAUUUUAUUGGUGUUUUUUUUAAUGAGAUUUUUUGUAACUAUCAUACGCGUAUUGAGAUUGUCCCCGAUUAUUUUUUUUAUUUUUUUUAUUUUUUAUAGUCUUUUCGAUUUUACUCCGAUUGAUUUAACGAUCUUAACCGGACUUAUUUCUACUUGAUUUUAAUUUCAGUCAGCUAAUUCUCUCCUCUUUUUGGAUAUCGUUUCAACGUUAUGUUCAACAUAUAACCAUCUUGUGUUCUCUGUUGAACCUUUUCAAGCUGUGUAUGAAAGCCGGUGGUAUUGGUAAAGAAAAGCUUGUGUCAAUAUGCACGAGGUCAUUGCCAACAGGUGGCGUGAUAGUGGAAAUGAAACAUCGGUUUUUGGUUAUAAUACUUUAAUAUAAAUGCUGUAAUAACAUGAAACACGCAUCAAAUGAAAGCUAAUUGCACUUUAAAAUUAAACUAUUUUAAAAAUCGAUACUGCCUCUCUAUGAUAGCAAUCCAAAACUAGAUUUGAACAUUUAUUUGUCGAUUUGGGAAUCCAAUUGCCUAUCGUUCGAUUCGUAAAACUUCAUAUAGCAGCUAGUUUUGGAGCAAAUAAAAACCAAACACAUUUUUCAUUUUCACUUUCACCCUUUCUCUAGUUGUUGCGAUCUCUUUCCGAUCCUUGGAAGCUUAAAUGCAGUGGAAUAAAUUGUUUGAAGAUUUUGUAUGACUUUGUACAGUACGGCCCUUUGAGUCUUUCAGCAUGGCUCGGUCCUUUUAAAAGCAUGAACUUCCCUUACCAUGUGAUAUCAGUAUGAUUAAAAGUAUUUGGCAGCUUUUAAUCAUUUUAUAAAUAUGAAAAAGUGUUUUUAUUUGUUUAUGAAUUUGAAAUGAAUAUAGCAAUAUUUCUAUAUUAACUGAAGAUGAAUCAUUUUUCGAUUCUUUUUUUCAUGGUGUGGAACAAACAAUAAAAGGCAAUGAACAAAUAAUUUAAAUGAAUAACAAAACUAGAAAAAUCCUGUAAACAUGCAGCGAUGAAAAGCAUCUUUCUUACAGGGUUUCGAAUCAUGUAAGGGAAUAGUUCAACCACUUAGGGGAAUGUUGCAAAUCGGUAGGGGAAUGUUGCAAGCAAGCUGUGGAU